AUCAAAUUGAAAUCUCCCGCGUAGCUUAGACCUUGAAACUUGAAAUAGGUUAUGUUCGCGCUCAGUAAAGUGACAGCUGUAUCUAAAGACCGACGGAUCGUCGUGUUUAUUUCUCAAAUAAAACUUUUAACUAAAGAGAUAUUGUAACUUUGCAAGAUGUUUUCAAUUGACGCACCCGUAGAAAUACAAAAUUCAGAAUUCUGUAACUACCGGUCUCCCCUAAGCACACGAUAUGCGUCGAAAGAAAUGCAAUACAACUUUAGUGAUCAAAAGAAGUUCUCCACUUGGAGGAAGCUGUGGAUCUACCUGGCGAAAGCUGAAAAGGAGCUCGGCCUGGACAUCACCGCAGAACAGAUCGCGGAGCUAGAGGGCGCUAUCCACGACAUCGACUUCGCAAGCGCGGCGGAGCACGAGCGGCGCGUGCGCCAUGACGUCAUGGCCCACGUGCAUGCGUUGGCGCAGCGCUGCCCUAAAGCCGCUCCCAUCAUCCACUUGGGCGCUACCUCUUGCUACGUUGGAGACAACACCGACCUGAUCGUGCUGAAGCACGGGCUUGACCUGCUGAUUCCGAGACUCGCUGCUGUCAUCAGCAGGCUGUCGCAGUUUGCUGAUGAGCAUAAGUCAAUUCCCAUCCUCGGGUUCACCCAUCUCCAACCAGCUCAACUUACUACCGUUGGAAAGCGAGCUGCUCUAUGGCUUAGUGACCUUCUGAUGGACGAGCGUGCACUCUCCCGAGCCAGAGACGACUUACGAUUCCGCGGAGUCAAGGGAACCACAGGUACCCAAGCCUCUUUUCUCCAACUCUUCAACGGAGACAGCGCUAAAGUCAAAGCCCUCGACAAAAGAGUUGCAGAACUGGCUGGAUUUGACAAACGCUACCUCGUCACCGGUCAAACCUACUCUAGGAAAGUUGACUUGGAAGUCGUCGCUGCUCUAUCAGGGUUAGGUGCAACAGUCCACAAAAUGUGUUCGGAUAUUCGUAUUCUUGCUUCCCGCAAGGAACUCGAAGAACCCUUUGAGGCAUCCCAAAUCGGAUCAAGUGCUAUGCCUUAUAAAAGAAACCCAAUGAGGUCUGAACGUUGCUGCGCCCUUGCUCGCCAUCUGAUAACUUUGCACGCGAAUGCAGCCAACACUCACGCUGUCCAGUGGCUGGAACGGACCCUGGAUGACUCAGCUAAUCGCCGUAUCACCCUUGCCGAAGCAUUCCUAACCGCUGAUGCUACACUACUCACUCUCCUUAACGUUUGCCAAGGCCUAGUAGUGUACCCGAAAGUAAUUGCUCGUCAUAUAGCCCAGGAGCUACCUUUCAUGGCUACAGAAAAUAUUAUUAUGGCUAUGGUGCAAGCUGGAGGCGACCGUCAAGUGUGUCAUGAGAAAAUAAGAGUACUUUCCCAUGAAGCAGGUGCCCAAGUGAAACAACACGGAAAGGAUAACGAUUUGAUUGCACGAGUUAAGAGUGACCCGUACUUUGCACCUAUUAUUUCGCAGCUGGACAAAAUCUUGGAUGCCUCAACCUUCAUUGGAAGAGCUCCGGAGCAAGUCACUGAGUUUAUCGAGGAAGAAGUCGACCCUGUUCUUUCGAAGUAUGCACUUGCUUUAGCUGAAGUAGAAAAACCAGUCGCAUUGAAUAUUUAAAUAUGAUUGGGAAAAAUAUA